AUGAAGACAACUGCCCUGCUCUCGAUCUUGCUCUCGGCUACACAAAUCGGGGCCAUGGUACUCGACAAUGCGCUCGACAGCUCAGUCGAACUCCAAAGACCCAUCCUCGGCACCGACGAGAUAACACGAGUGGUCGACAUCCCUCUACGAUGCAGUGAGAUGCGAUGCAAGACAUGCCGGGCAACAAACAAGUGCGAGAGCGAGCAAUCAUGGCUGCUGACGAAUGCUUUCAACUUGCUUGGUCAGAAACAGACUCUGGAUGAGAUCUGCACCGACAAAGAUUUGAUGCUGCGAUUCAUUUACGAUGGCGGAGCAAAUGGAGACAGCGAUGCCCUUCUGCAUCUUUCUGCACGCUUCGCAGGGCAUGACGACGCUCACUUGAAGUAA